UUAAACAAACAGACUGCCGGUUUCAACACGCAAGUCUUUCAGAGCUGCCGAGCGUCUUUAAUAUUAGUAUAAUAAAAAAGCACAGCAUUCAAACUAAAGUUUGUUUAGCUGAGUCAGUGUAUGUAUUUCUAUACAGGAGGCAAUCUGCUUGUGCAAAUGAAACGGGGCAAAUAAAUAGGGGUGGAUCAGGGCCAAAAGAGAGGAACAGGAAGAGACAAGCAGACUGUGAGACAGUGAAGUUGUUGAGGCAUCGUGUCAGCUUUUAGCUCUUUUCAGAUUCGUUUGUGAGAGGCACUCAUAAGUUUGGCUGAGAUAUGUGGGAGUUAAUGCAUGUUCGUACACGGAGGUGAGAUGCAUGUGGGCUUUACUUGACAUUCCGCUCAGAGGACCUCGUUUUAACUCUUCAAAGGUUCUCAUAUCUUCUUCUAUGGAGAGCUCUGCAGACGUUAUGAUGGAUUUCUCCGAGGUCAAAGUUGAAACCUCAGCGGACGACAAGGAUUUGGAAGCUCUUCUCAUUCUGGAAGAAGGGGACGAACCUUCGGAUGUGAUAAACAGCGGAGAGAGAGGAAGGAGCGUAUUGAGGGUUCGGACGGCUGAUGAAAACACAGAGGGAAGCUCACAUGAUCACAACAAUAUCCAAGUAGGGAAAAGUGAGAGUGAAGCAAUAGAAAUGAUCGAGGAGAGUCUAGAGCGUCAGGUGGACGAUCACAUGGGCUGUGAGAAUGAUAUUGAAAAUGAGGAGGGAUUGACUGAACAAAACAAGAUGCCAGAGGAAAAACCAAAUGCUCAAGCUGAAGUAAAGCUGCGGCCCAAAGACAGAUUGAGCCCUCAUGAUGCAAAGCCAAUGGUUCAAAGGUUAUCUCCAGAUUUCCCUGACGCUCUGUGUGAGCUGUUGUUCGCGUUACAGGAGGGCCGACGGCUCAACGACCAGCGCUGUUCGUUCCGCCUGGAACACCGAAGAAGAUGCUACUCGGAGCCCAGCACUCCUCGCCACAGCCAGAGAGUGGUGUUCUCCUCCAUGACGUCCCUGCAGAAGGAGGAGUUCUUCGACCUGCUGGCGACCUCUCAGGGCCGUCGCCUGGACGAGCAGCGAGCCGAACUCCUGGACGCCCCCCCGCCCGUCCUUACCACUGUCGAAAUCGUCAACGCCCCCCCGCCCGUCCUGACCGCUGCCAAACCGAGGAAGAGCAGCUGCAAGGUCACAGAGGUCACCCGAAAGCUUCCCACGCAAACACCCAAAGAGGACUUAUACAACAUGAUCGUCAACUCGCAAGCCCAGGGCCGUCUGGAGGAGCAGCGCAGCUCGGCCCCGGGGCCGAUGGACGAUGAGGAUUUCUUCUCUCUGUUGCUGAAGGUCCAGGGAGGACGGAUGGAGGAACAGAGAACAGACUUCAAACCUGCGCAUUAAUACAUCUCGCUUUGCUGUGUGUGUGUGUGUGUGUGUGUGUGUUUGUGUGUGUGUUCAUGAUGCCAGACUCUUUCCUGUCCACAUCUAAAUAACUAUAAAGAUCAGACUACUGAUAUAAGAAUAUUUGCACUACUUUUCAACAUUUAUUGAGCUUUAGGGAGGAUGAAUAUUUCUGCUUUACAUGUUCAGGGUCAUUUGAAGGAUCUUUGCCUCUUUCUGUUGUGUACAUGCAGUAUUGAAAUGAAAAUAAAUGUUUUGAGUGUUAAUUGUAA